GGUCCCUUCAGCCGACGACCGCCACCCGCAGGGUGGGUUUCUUAUUUUCAAUAUAACCUAGUUUUUUGCUAAAUUAAAAAGGUCUUUUUACAGUAUUGGUGUUAAAUAUACUGUUUCAAGAUAAUAUUUAGGUAUUUCAGAUUCAAAAGUAUUUUAUGCAAGAAAGGAAAAAUAACCUAGGGAAACAGGAUGGAAUUUCCAGCGUAUACAGGUGCAUUUGGAAAUCCCCCCCGGGGAAGAUAAAAUGGGUGCAUAAGUGAUGACUUGUCAGAAGCCUUUUCUCUAAGAAGUUGUGUGAAUUUACAAAUCUGCUGGGCACAUUUUGGAGCGUCUUCAGACCAUUAUUUGAUCUUACUGUCUUGUUGAUAUGAUCCCCUUUUACACCUGUUUACCGAUUCUUCAGCUCCUUGCAUCUUCAGUUGCUUUCCAGGUACAGAUGCCAAGCAAAGUGCUAACAGUUGUUCAUGGACAGACUGUUGUACUAGGUUGCAUUUUUGCAGCUGACGGAAAUUCAUCAACAGAGCAAAUAAUUGUCACAUGGCAGCGAGGAACAGAAGUUGUCCACAGCUACUACUACGAUAAAGAUCAGCUUGAUAAGCAGGAUUUGCAUUUUGCCAAUCGCACUAGUCUGUAUCCAGCACAGUUUAAAAAUGGGAAUGCUUCCCUAAAGUUAGAAGGGGUGCAUCCUGAAGAUGCUGGCACAUAUAAGUGCUACGUCAGCAAUUUACAAGGGAGUGAUUUUGCGACUGUUGUACUCAAAACAGCAGCCUAUUACACAGAACCACAUUUACUGAUCAAGGCUCAGAAGACAAGUGUCACCUUUGUAAUGGAGUCAGAAGGGUACCCCAUUGCUGACUUUUCUUGGCACAGAGGAGAAGAUUUUCUUACUGAUAUUGGAACUGGGAAUUUCUCCUCUGUUAAUGACAGGGGCCUUUUGACUGUUAAGAGUGUACUCGAGGUAAAAGACUUGUCGUUGCUCCACAACUACACAUUUGUAUUGAGAAAUGAAAUCCUGAAUCAGACACUGACCAGAACAGUACAUUUCUCCACAGAGUUAUUGGCUGAAUCUUCAGUUAAUGGAGUGGCUGUUACUGCCUGUAUUUUAAUGCUUCUUCUGCUCAUUAUAUUAUUAUUUACAAAAAAAUACCAAACUUGUAAGUCAGUGAAUCGUAACGAAAGGCACAGGAGUGCCUUCAACAGAGAAAACUUAGUAUAAACUUUCCCUUCGAGUCUGGAUUGGUAAGACUGAGGUGCUAGUUCACAACACUAAGAAAACAUGCUUUCAUUAUGGGGACCAUUUGUGUAAUUUUAACAUUAAUGAAAAGAGGUUAGUACGGUUCUGUAGCAAAACUGUGAGCUGGCCUAGUGCAGUGCUGUAGCUCAGGACCAGAAUGCAUCGCAGCGUCUGAUGAAAGGAAUGCAGGAUGAGUACUGCUGGCACUUUAGAUGCAGUCAGACUCCAAUUUAAUAUUUUCCACUGUCCUGUUGUAUUGUGUAUGAUCUGCACUUCAAAGAAUUCCACAUAUUGCUCUUGUUUUGUGGUCUAUCGGAAUACAGAUGGUAUUGCAUAUGGCUUGUGUCCUUGGUUCUGAAACUCCUCUGUGGCUUCUGUAAAGGUGAAGAUGUCAGGACGUUUUAAAGACUACGUGAAUACCUUUGCUAUACAGAGUCCAGUUUUUCUUAAUAGGAAUGACAUGUAACACCACGUUCUUAACUUAAUGUGAAAAAAAUGCAGCCAAUCCUCUGGAAUGUUAGUGUUUUAAGCAUGAAUGGGCAUGUGUGUAUGAAAAGGUAGAGUUUUAAUGCAGCAGUUACAAACCAUAAUGGCAGCAAAGCCAUAAGGAAAAUAAAUAAGCUUUAUGUUCUGUAUUUUGCAGUAAAUGUAUUACUUGGUAGUAAUACCACUGUUUAACUUAGAUGAGUUAUGUGUUUUAAGUGCUAUCUUUAUUUGUGUAUUUAUUUGUGUGUUAUGAAAUAUUUAAGCGAGUGGUUUAUUUUUUUAAUUGUGUAUUAGUGAUACAGAAGAAAGAAUAGAGAGUACAGUGUAAGAGUGUCAAACUAUAUUUUUACUGCAAUUUUAGUCUUGUUCACUCUAGUCUUUGACAAAUAAAAUAUAUUUUUCUA